UGUAAAUAACCCCGGUCUCCUAGCAACGCGGGCCGGGCCGCAGACCGGCGGGGCGGCCCACAUCGCUCAGGCGCGAGCCGGAACCCCGAGCCGGAGCCGAAGGGGAGCCGAAAACCAGAGCUUAAGAAUAAGCAGGAAAUGGCGGACGAGGCGUUGUUUUUGCUUCUCCAUAACGAGAUGGUGUCAGGCGUGUACAAGUCCGCGGAGCAGGGGGAGGUGGAAAAUGGACGCUGUAUUACUAAGCUGGAAAACAUGGGGUUUCGAGUGGGACAAGGAUUGAUAGAAAGGAAAAAUACUGUAUUACUUCUAGUUGAUCUUUUUAGGUUUACAAAAGAUACCGCGAGGUUCAAGGAUGAGUUAGAUAUUAUGAAGUUCAUUUGUAAAGAUUUCUGGACUACAGUAUUCAAGAAACAAAUCGACAAUCUCAGGACAAAUCAUCAGGGCAUCUAUGUACUUCAGGACAACAAAUUCCGUCUGCUUACUCAGAUGUCUGCAGGAAAACAGUACUUAGAACAUGCAUCUAAGUAUUUAGCAUUUACAUGUGGCUUAAUCAGAGGUGGUUUAUCAAACUUGGGGAUUAAAAGUAUUGUAACAGCUGAGGUGUCUUCAAUGCCUGCCUGUAAAUUUCAGGUGAUGAUACAGAAGUCAUAGAACAUACUGAAAUGCAAUGCUUCAACAGUGUAAAGAGUUAAAUUAUUCAUGUAUAAAGUAUUUCAAGUAGCAAUGAUUUAAUUAAAAUUGUUGGACAUUUGUGUUAUAUAAGCUAUUUGCUAACUUAUAUAAUGAAAGAUGUACUCUUAAGCAGGACUAAGGUUGUAUUUUAUCAGUUUAACAUAGGUCAAGUUAAUGCAGAUAGAGACAUUCUACCAUAACAUACACUUUAUUGAAUCUAUUCAGAAUGAAAAAAUCCUAAUUUCAAAUAAAUAAACACCAAGAUGUAGGAUCCUUAUUUUAACAUUUCUACUUGCUUAGGGAUGGAUGUUUAACCACAGAUGGAAAAGCAAAACUCAGGGUUUGAUAAAUUAGAAUAAAAAAAGAGCCAGAAUCAUUUGUGUAAGAAUGAACAAAUUUUGAUUCCUUUAUGAAUUUUAGUUAUUAAAAAAAGCAAACGGCACACUAAA